AACUUUCAAAAACCCCUCUCUCUCUCUCUCUCUCUGAAUAAAAAGCAAAAACCCUAGCCUUUACCAUCUACUCUCUAGUCUCUACUGACUGACUCUCUCACCCUCACUGACCCAUACGAUGCUCCCCCACUCCUACACCGUCGAUUCCCAAUCAAAAUCCCAAGACCUCGCUUCCUCCAUCCUCUCCUCCACCUCAUCAUCCCAAAUCAUCUCCACCUGCUCCUCCAUCGACUCUUUCCUGCUCUCUCACUCACCUGACCAAACCCGCCACUUCUUCUCCCUCGCUUUCCCUCCUCUCAUUUCCAAGCUCUUCUUCGGCCUCACCGACUCCUCCGCCUCUUCCAAACCCAACCCAUCCAACGGCUGGAUCGACUCCGUCCUCUCAUCCAACGAUCCAGAUUCCGCCAACGCAGUCUUCUCCCUCCUCUCCCCUUCCAGCACCCUCUUCCACUCAAUCUCCGCCGUCGAUCGCCUCUCCCUCGUCAAAUACGUCUUCCCAAUCGAACGGCUCCCGGAGUGGUCCCGGUUCGCCCUUUCCUCCAAUAAAUUCGCUCAAGCUCUCUCCGAUCUUUCUCCAUUAUUCAAUUCGAAACUCAAACACGACCCUAUCAAACCCUCCGCCCUUCAAAUCCAGCUCAACGUUUUCGAAUACUAUCUCUUCUGGUUCGCCUAUUACCCUAUCUGUAAAUCCAAUUCCGAGAAUUCCGAUUCCAUUUCCAUCAAAAGAGCGAGGAAAUUCAGGCUAGAGAAUUGGACUUCCUCCAUUCCCGGAUUUUCAAAUUCCAAGCGUGGAAACGAGCAGAGGAUCGAGUGCAACCUUUAUCUCCGUCUUCUCUAUGCCUAUCUUCGCGCCUUUGUGCCGAUUCACGAUUUGAAUGCGCACCAACCGUACCGUAGCUCGUUGCUUCACUACGCCUCCGGUUACGAUGGAUCGGUCACAAUGCGUGCCGAGUUCGUCGUCAACGCUUUCGUACACUUCUGGUUGGUUGACAACGACUUCUCGCCUUUGCCAGUCAAUGUCUUGAAAUCGCACGGCGUGUCGUUUCCGUUUCGAUCGGUGAUAGGGGAUACGCCGCCGCCGGCCUCCGGGUUAGGAGAGGUGGUGAAGCUGUUCGUCAAGUACUUGAAUUUGAGCUCUGUGGCCGUCACGGAAGACGGUGGGACCGAGAAUUGUGGGAACCCGAGGUGGAGAGUUUUGAAUUCAGGUUCUUUCGAUGGCGGCGGCAGUGGUGCGAAGUCGAGAGAUGUUGCAGCGCCGGUGCGGCAGGCCGGGUCGUGGAACGCGUGGAUUCAGAGGCCGUUGUAUCGGUUUAUACUGAGGACGUUCUUGUUUUGCCCUGUGGGAUCUUCGAUUAAGAAUGCAUCCGAGGUGUUUGAUGUUUGGAUUACAUAUAUGGAGCCUUGGACUAUAACCUGGAAUGAUUUCGCAGGGCUCGACGCGAUUGUGGAUGGUGCGAAUAAGAGUGAGAGGAAGGAAGAUUUUCGGUCUCAAGGUAGUAACAAUGGAUAUAGCCCUUCUUGGCAGGGAUAUGUCUUGUCCAAUUACCUGUAUUACAGUUCAUUGGUUAUGCAUUUCAUUGGGUUUGCACACAAGUUUCUUCACUCGGAUGUCGAAAUUAUAGUCCGGAUGGUAUCGAAGGUGAUGAAUAUAUUGACAUCAUCUAAAGAGUUUGUUGACCUUAUAAAGAACGUGGAUACUGUCUUUCAUUCCAAACAAGCUGGAUCAGGCAAAUCAAUGCUUAACAGCUUAUCUAGAUUUGUUCCUUCAAUUCGUGAACAGCUGCAGGACUGGGAGGAUGGCUUAUGUGAGAGUGAUGCUGAUGGAUCGUUCUUGCAUGAGAACUGGAAUAAAGAUUUACAACUCUUUAGUAAUGGUGAAGAUGGUGGACAACAGCUACUUCAGUUGUUUAUAUUGCGUGCAGAAGCAGAGUUACAAGCCAUUUCUGGUGAUAACCUUGCGGACAACCUUAAAUGUCUAGAUUCAUUGAAAGCACAGGUGAGCUGCUUGUUUGGUGGCCAUACUGUAAGGACAUUGUCAUUUUCCCCAGAACCAAAACAGUAUUCACAAUCCCGUGAUGAUAUAUUCAAGCCCAGAAGAGUUGGCAACCAUGCAUCUUCAGAAAUCAAAUACAGGGGUGACUGGAUGAAGCGCCCAAUCUCUGACGAUGAGGUUGCAUGGCUUGCGAAACUGCUCGUCAGGUUUUCUGCUUGGCUGAAUGAGAGUCUUGGGUUGAACCAAGCAGAGAGCAGCCCAGCAUGGUCUUAUGUGGAGGUGUCAACUGAUGUGGCCAAUGUGUGUGGGCCUACGGAGACAAUGAGGGCGGUGUUGUGUGCUAUCAGUUCUUGGCUUCUUACUUUGGCUGCAGUGGUGCUGAGGCUAAUGAAAAGUCAUGGUCUGAGGGUGAACCUUAGGAUGUUAGCUUCAAAAAAGGUUGUGAUGGUUUUGCUUUUGUCUGCUGUAUUUAGUGUAGUGAAGAAAGCUUUUGGACUGUUUCACAGGGUGUAGAUGAGAAGAACAAAAAUACAAGGAAAAAAAGUAUAAGAAAAUGUAAAGUUUUUCCUUACAAGGUUUGCGACAUUGACUUGUUUUUCCCUUUUGUAAAGUUCGAGAUGUGCAGAAAAAUUCGACAGUGUUUUUGACGUUUGUCUUUCGAUGACAUUGACAUCAGGGCCUGUGCCUGGCUUUGUUCUCUAUUUCUUUUCCUUGUAGCUGGUACUGCUGUUGAUGUUCUUUUUAUUAUUGGGCCAUCAUUUUUAGAGUCUA